AUGAAGUUCCUCAGCUCUCUCCUGGCCGUCGCCAGCACCGUCGCGCCCCUCUGCGCCGCCGUCGCCCUUCCUCAGGCCAGGCAGGCCAGCUGGCCCAACGGACCCUUCACGACCAACGGCCGCUGGCAGCAGGACGCCUCGGGCAACCAAGUCAACUUUGCCGGCACCAACUGGCCCGGCCACGGCGAGGUCAUGGUCCCCGAGGGCCUGCAGUACAAGUCGAUUGAGGAGAUCGUCUCCAAGGUCAAGAGCAUCGGUAUGAACGCCAUCCGCCUGACGUACGCGAUCGAGCUCGUCGACCAGAUCUACGCCAACGACGGCAAGGACGUUGACAUCAAGACGGCGUUCAUCGAGGGCCUGGGCGAGACGAACGGCACUGCCGUCCUCGCGCAGGUUCUGGCGAACAACCCUUCCUUUACCGAAGCCACCACCCGUCUGGAGGUUUACGACGCCAUCGCCGAGGAGUGUGCCAAGCAGCAGGUCCACAUCCUCCUCGACAACCACAUGUCCAAGGGCAAGUGGUGUUGCUCCAGCGACGACGGCAACACCUGGUGGGGAGACCGCGAGUUCAUCGCCGCCAAUUGGGUGCGCGGUCUGGCCUAUAUGGCCGAGCACGGCAAAUCAUGGCCGGCACUUACAGCCAUGUCCCUCCGGAACGAGCUCCGCCAGGCCUCCGACAACCCGGACCUCGUCGCCGCCUCCUACAACUGGCAGGACUGGUACAAGUACAUCCAGCAGGGCACCGACGCCAUCAACGGCGCGAACCCGGACGUGCUCAUCUACCUCUCGGGCCUCAACUACGACACGACCGUCGCGCCCGUCUUCCGCGGCACCGCCCUGAGCCCCGGCAACGGCACCUUCUCGCUCGCCGACUUUGAAGGGUACGCCGACAAGCUCGUGCUCGAGAUCCACAACUACGAGGGCAGCAUCGGCAGUUGCUCCAGCCUGCGGUACAACCUUUACAACGCCGGGUUCCAGGCCAUGAACGAGACGGACCCGGCGACGGCCAACAUGUUCCCCGUCGCGCUGACCGAGUUCGGCUUCAACAUGAAUGACGACACGUACCUCAACGUCUACUCAUCGUGUCUGGCCGAGUACCUCCCCGAGGCCCAGGCGAGCUUCUUCAUCUGGGUGCUGGUUGGCAGCUACUACAUCCGCCAGGGCACGCAGAACUUUGACGAGGCGUGGGGUCUGUUGAAGGCUGACUGGUCUGACUGGAGGAACCCUAGCUACAUUGAGGAGCAGCUGAAGCCCAUGGUUGCUGGUGUUAUUGGGUAG